CUUCGCAUUGUGCGCAUUUAAAGUUCAGCUUUGAAAUUUUUUUUAAUUUUUGUUCUGCGUAAAUAGAAAAUCUAGAAUAAUCAAAAACGACAAGUUUCUGAACUCUUUGACCAGGAAAUAUAAUAAUUAACUAAAUAAAUAAGAGAUAUACGCAUAAGAGUAGAAGAACUUUUACUUUAUUUUGUUAAACACUUUGCAAUAACUUUCAAAUUUUAAAUUCCAAAGAAAACUUUUAUAAUUGUGGUUUAAUCAGAUUCUAAAGAAUGUCAAGCUUUAACGAAGACGACGAAGAAGAAACUUAUCAAAAUGGAACUAUUUCCAAACCAAAAAUCCUUCUUUUUGGGUUGAGACGAUCGGGAAAAAGUUCCAUUCAAAAAGUUGUCUUCCAUAAAAUGAGCCCCAAUGAGACUUUGUUUCUCGAGAGUACAAAUAAGAUUAUAAAAGACGACAUAAACAAUUCGAGUUUUGUGCAAUUUCAAAUUUGGGAUUUUCCUGGACAAAUUGAUUUCUUCGACCCUACAUUCGAUUCAGACAUGAUUUUUGGAGAUUGUGGUGCUCUCGUCUUUGUUAUUGACGCUCAAGAUGAUUAUAUAGAAGCUUUAACAAAACUCAAUCAAACUGUCACAAAAGCCUACAAAGUCAAUCCAAGGAUAAAGUUUGAAGUUUUCAUUCAUAAAGUUGAUGGAGUGUCUGACGACUUUAAAAUGGAAUCGCAACGUGAUAUUCACCAAAGGGCAACUGAUGACCUUCAAGAUGCUGGCCUUGACAUUCAUUUAAGCUUCCAUUUAACAUCAAUUUAUGAUCACAGCAUCUUCGAGGCCUUCUCCAAAGUUGUUCAAAAAUUGAUCCCGCAAUUACCAACACUUGAAAAUCUCCUAAAUAUCCUCAUCACAAAUUCAGGAAUUGAAAAAGCUUUUUUAUUUGAUGUCGUGUCAAAAAUUUAUAUCGCAACUGAUUGCGCACCGGUGGAUAUGCAAACUUAUGAGCUUUGUUGUGACAUGAUCGACGUUGUUAUUGAUUUAUCAGACAUUUAUGGACUAACAUCGGAAGCCAAAGCAACACAAGAGCAGACAGCAUUCGACGGUCAAAGUUCUAGUCUAAUAAAGUUGAAUAACAACACCAUCUUGUAUCUCAAGGAAGUUAAUAAGUUCUUAGCACUCGUGUGCAUUCUGAGAGAAGAAAAUUUUAUAAGACAAGGUGUAAUUGACUACAAUUUUCUAAUCUUUCGCGAAGGAAUUUCACAAGUUUUUGAGUUGAGAUCGAAGAAAAUGGAAUCAGAAGAUGACGACUACCCAUUGUCAACUUCAGUUAUGACAACCGGCUCACAGCAAUACAAUUAAAAUUAUAUCAAAAUUUGUCACAAGUUAUAAACGACAUCAAAUUAAAUAAAGAAAUUGUUUAACUUUUAUAAAUAAUUUAAAAAAAAAAAGAA